GAUAUGCAGGACACGUUUCUGCUUGGGUUAGAGGGCAUCAAGAAGAAGAUCUUGCAUGGAGGGACUGGAGAAAUCCCCAAAUUCAGCACUGGGGCAAAGGUGACCUUUGACUUCCGUACUACAUUGUGUGAUGAUGAGCGCACGGUGAUAGAUGACAGCAAAGCUGUGGGCACGCCCAUGGAGAUAGUAAUUGGCAACAUGUUCAAACUGGACAUCUGGGAAUCGCUGCUGGCCUCCAUGAGAAUCGGAGAGGUGGCCGAGUUCUGGUGUGACACUAUUCACACCGGCGUGUACCCGCUUGUGUCCAAAAGCAUGAGACGCAUUGCAGAAGGCAAAGACCCAGUGGACUGUCACAUUCAUACAUGUGGCAUAGCCAACAUGUUUGCCUACCACACCCUGGGCUACGACGACCUGGAUGAGCUGAUGAAGGAGCCCAAGCCGCUCUUCUUCAUCCUGGAACUGCUAAAGGUUCUCCAGCCCAGCGAGUACAACAGGGAGUCCUGGGCUCUGAAUGAUGAGGAGAGGCUGAAGGUGGUGCCCGUGCUGCACGGUCAGGGCAACAAGCUGUUCAAGCAGGGCCGCUACCAGGACGCCACGCUCAAAUACAAGGAAGCCAUCAUCUGCAUCAAGAACGUGCAGACCAAGGAAAAAGCGUGGGAAGCGCCAUGGCUGAAGCUGGAGAAGAUGGCCCACACAUUAACACUCAACUACUGCCAGUGUCUCCUCCGCAUGGAGGAAUACUAUGAGGUUAUCGAACACACCAGCGACAUCAUUAACCAACACCCAGGCGUCAUGAAGGCCUUCUACCUGCGUGGGAAGGCCCAUCUGGAGGUGUGGAACGAGGCCGAGGCCAGGCAGGACUUCAGCAAAGUUUUGGAUCUAGACCCGCGCAUGAAAAAGGCAGUGAAAAAGGAACUGGCAGUGUUGACCAUGCGCAUGGAGGAGAAGAACAAGGAGGAUAGGAACAAGUACAAAGGCAUGUUUUGAAUUGACUUCAAUGUGCAACGAGGUUUGCAUACUUUUUUCAAAUUCAACUCAUUUGUCGAAUUGUUACAGUAAUAUUUAAUUUGGUUGGAAAUUAAUGUCACUAUUUGUGUACCUUUGCAUGAACAGGCAGCCUUACUGUAAAUCCUGUUACACGGUAAAAAGUGAAAUCUUAAGUAAAUUGUAAUUUCUUAAAUUGAACCUAAAUUUGCUUAUGUCGCUGCGUUGUUAUUUUUACUUGAAAUAAAAUUGUCCUGCACGAUCAUUCUGCUUGUUUAAAGAUACUUAUUACUUGAUUAUCCUGUUUGAGCUUAUAGUCUUGUCAAUGAGUAUUAAAAGCUUGUUUCAAGUACUGAGACUUAAACGAACACUUUCAACAUUUUAAGAUGACUGUCCAACAACAAAAGAACCUGAAGUGUGGUUUCAUAUGUCGAAUUUGCUUAUUUUAAGAUUUUAAUUAUAUUAUAUUACUUGUUUUAGGUUUAGAAAUACUAAUUUCAAGACUGCCGUAGAUAUGA